AUGGCAACAAGGACUGGUAUACGUGUCCUACGCCUUCUUGGGCUGCUACUAUCAUGUGUAUUCUUGGUCCAUGGUGCCAAGAUCGAUCGCAAGGCCGUGGUGCAACCGUUUAACCCGAAACGAAAUGCGAGCGCAGACACCCCGAUGCAGGUCGGCAAUGGAAACUUUGUCUUCUCAGCAGAUGUGACUGGCCUUCAGACUUUUGUCCCUUUCAACACGCUGUCUAGCUGGGGUUGGCACAACUCUUCUCUCCCUACCACUCCAGGCCAAACGUCCAUUAGCGACUUCACCGGGUUGCAAUGGUGGACCCAUGGACGUCUGGUCACGUACGACCAGCCAAAUCCUGCAGAAGCAAACAUCUCGCAAUGGUUGAUCGCCAAUCCUCAUCGGAUAAAUCUGGUUCGGAUCGGCCUGAACUUCCAAGGCAACGCUGUCAGCGAGGACGACCUCGAAGACAAGAGUCAGUCACUGGACCUGUAUUCGGGGCUCCUCCAUUCCACGUUCUCCUUGAAAGGAAGCAAAGUCAGCGUUCAGACUGCGGUCGACCCCAACAGUGACACAGUCGCCGUGCAAAUAAACUCCACCCUAUUGAGCUCCGGUGCUCUGGGAGUCUUCUUCGACUAUCCAUACGCCACAGGACAGAACAAAUUUGAUGCCCCAUUCGUUGGUCUCUUCAACGCCACCACAAACCAUACAACCUCCCUGAAAGCUCAGAAGCAGUCAGCGGUUGUCCAGCACGACCUCGACGCAACAACAUAUUUUACUACCGUCCGAUGGGUGGGAAAUGCCAGUAUGACCGGUCCAAAGCCGUCAACUCAUCGUUAUUUCUUGACGCUAAACCAGGGCAAUCGGUUUUCUUUCACGGCGAACCUUGCCCCGGCUCAGGCCAGGACCGUUGUAUCUGCCCAAUCUGUAUUCGACUCCUCAGCUGCAUGGUGGCAUUCAUACUGGAACCGUGGUGCCUUCAUCUCCUUACCUUCAGCGCAAAAUUCAGACGCAAAGGAGCUUCAGCGGCGCAUCAUCCUCUCGCAAUACCUUGUGACGAUCAAUGAGGCUGGACGAGAUCCACCACAAGAAUCAGGCCUGACGAACAAUGGUUGGUACGGAAAAUUCCAUCUUGAAAUGGUGUGUUGGCAUUCUUUGCACUUCGGACUCUGGGGAAAGGAAGAUCUGUUGGAGAGGCAUGACUCCAUCUAUAGCCGAUUCCUGCCUACCUCGUAUCAAAGAGCACGGGAGAUGGGCUACGAAGGCGCCCGAUGGGGUAAAAUGUCUGAUCCGUCAGGUCGUUCAGCUCCAGGAGAGAUCAACUCGCUGCUAAUUUGGCAACAACCACAUCCUUUUUAUUUCGCUGAAGCCGAGUACCAACGCCGUCCCAGCAACAAAACACUCCAGAAAUGGGACGAAGUCCUCACAGCCUCUGCGGAUUUCAUGGCGUCAUACGCUUUCCACAACCAAUCUCUGGAUGUUCUGCAGCUAGGCCCACCAAUGUACCCAGCUUCCGAGAACACCAACCCGAAUGCCACAGUCAAUCCCACGUUCGAGCUCGCCUACUGGCGAUGGGGACUGGACAUCGCGGCACAGUGGAAGCAGCGCCAGAACAAGACAGUACCACACGCCUGGACUUCCGUUGCCAAUAAUCUGCCGCCCAUGCCAGUGGAGAAUGGUACCUACGUGAUAUACACCGGCGUGCCUGACAUGUGGAACGAUCCUACUUUGACAUCAGACCAUCCAAGCAUGGCCAUGAUCAAUGGCUUCAUCCGACCACCACCGGAUUUCAACUUUACCAUCUUCAACAACACGAUGAACAGGAUUUAUCAGACCUGGAACUGGACAGAGUCAUUCGGCUGGGAUUUUCCCAUGGUGGCAAUGGCAGCGGCACGGUUGGGCGAUUUCGGUCGUGCCAUCGACUUCCUGCUGCAACCGAACUUUCCCUUUGAUGAUGUAGGUAUGCCUAUUGGUGGUACAAGAGUACCGACGCCCUAUUUUCCCGGCAGUACAUCGCUGCUGAUGGCUGUCGCGAUGAUGGCCGGCGGCUGGAAAGAUGCGCCGGGUCUGAAGUUCCCUGCCGACUGGGACGUGCAGGCGGAAGGAUUCAAGCCCUUGUUCUUUUAA